CGGUUUUCCACAGUAUUUGUAAAUACAUUUGCUUUUAAAAACACAAGCAGCCGUGUUGAAACGUCAUGCUGACAAGUUGUGUUACGGAGCCCAGCCUAAUAAGGCGUAUAUCUGAACAAGACGGGCAUUAAAAUAUCUCAAAUUAUUUAUCUUGGUGAGGUCAGGAGGUUAACUUUUUCUCUAGUUUCGGCUGUUGUGGAAACCGUUUGAAGUUCUGCAAAUCAAGAGUUUGUUGAGGUCAAAGGCCAUUUCUGUAUUAGUGAUUUAUUAAAUAUUCCGUGUCUGGCACAGGAGCAAGAAAAAUCCACCCUAGCGGAGUUAACUUGAGUAAAGCCGAGGAAGUGAAACCAGUUACAGAGAGCGAGGCGGCGGAAUGGCUAAGGCCCGUGUUUUGUACAACUUUGCAGCUGAACCUGGAAAUGACGAGCUGACGGUUAAAGAAGGAGAGAUCAUCACUAUUGCCAAUCGGGAUGUCGGUGGUGGAUGGUGUGAAGCAGCAAAUGCUCAAGGAAUGACUGGGCUUGUUCCAACGGACUAUGUAGAAAUGAUUUCAGAAAGUGUACCCUUGGGACCUGGUGGAAAAACACAGAACACGUCAACUAACUUGGCAGCUUUUGAUCCCUUCUCGUCAACUCAAGCUGGUUAUAGUGGUAGCCCAGUGUUUGGAAGUUCAUUCACCUCUAACACUAACAAUCAGACAAACAACGCAGAUGAUCCCUGGUUCAACUGGAAUCCUAGUUCUGCUGGGACCUGGAGCACUAAUAAUGCAGGUAACAGUGGAAAUGCCUGGAGUGCAGUAAACUGGCCGACAAACGCAGAAAGUUCAAAUGCACAGAAAAAUAGCACUGCAGACAAUUGGGACAUGACUGGCUAUGGUCAUCCACAGGCCUACCAGGGCCCAGGUGUUGCAGAGGAUGACGAAUGGGAUGACGAUUGGGACGAGCCCAAACCGUCUCCAAAUAUUCUUCCUCGCACAGAGUCUGAGUCAGCAGAGACUGGUUUGUCUCGUGGAGCUCCUCGCAACAGUUCUGUGAAAAUGUCACUCAAUAGAUUUCCAACCUUUUCCAAACAUGGGCCUGAAGUCUAUCUACUUUCAAAGCAGCCAGUAAAAACUACGGAGAAGAUUACAGUCCAUAAGGGCGAAAUUGGUCCAGUUUGGAACUAUCCAUCUUCCUCAUUGAGUUGUGUGGUGGCUGAUCCAAAAAAGGGAUCCAAGCUGUAUGGAUUGAAGAGUUACAUCGAAUAUCAAGUGACACCAAAUAGCACUAACCGGUCAGUCAACCACAGAUACAAGCAUUUUGACUGGUUAUAUGAACGCCUACUCAUCAAGUUUGGUUCUGCCAUUCCAAUUCCUUCACUUCCAGAUAAACAAGUUACAGGGCGCUUUGAAGAGGAAUUUAUCAAGAUGAGAAUGGAAAGGUUGCAGGGUUGGAUGAACAGAAUGUGUCAUCAUCCUGUCGUUUCAAACAGUGAGGUCUUUCAGCUCUUCAUCACUUACCGGGAUGAAAAGGAAUGGAAAUUAGGCAAGAGGAAAACUGAAAAGGAUGAUAUUGUUGGUGUCAUGAUCUUUUCAACAGUGGAGCCACCAGCAGAGGAUAUUGGCCUACUAGAAGCAGAACAGAAGGUUGAACUGUUCAGUAAAUUUACGAAGGCCAUGGAUGAUGGGGUUAAAGAGCUGCUCAAUGUGGGACAGGAGCAUUGGAAAAGGUGCACAGGAGCACUGCCUAAGGAAUAUCAGAAGAUAGGAAAAGCUUUGCAGAACCUUUCACAGGUCUUUACAACUAGUGGUUAUGAAGGUGAAUCCAUUUUGACAGAUCCUUUAACUGAAGCAGGAAAGACAUAUGAAGAAAUUGCUAACCUCUUUGCAGAACAGCCCAAAAAAGACCUACAUUAUCUGAUGGAAACCAACCAAGAGUACAAAGGAUUACUCGGAUGUUUCCCUGAUAUCAUUAGUGUCCACAAGGGAGCUAUAGAGAAAGCAAAAGAAGGUGACAAGUUGGUUGCUUUAAAUAAAGUAACACCACAGGAAAAGAACACCAUGGUGAAUCGUAUCGGAACAAUGUCCUACACAUUCCAAGCUGAAAUGAAUCACUUCCACAACAAUCGAAUUUAUGAUUACAAUUCUGUAAUGCAACUCUACCUACAGCAACAAGUUGAGUUUUAUGAGACGAUUGCAGCAAAGCUGAAGCAAGCAUUGACCCAUUUUACAGUACAACAGUAAACCAUGCCAGCACAAUUAGCCUCAACUGAUUACUUGGUGGAGGGAUCCUGUGCUCUGAAAAGUGAAAGAAAAACCUAGCAAAGACACCUCAAAAUCAGGUUUUGUUUGAUAUAAUGUUAAACGUACAAAGCAGUUGUUUGGACCAUAUCGGUUAUUUUUCUACUUCUGUGCAAAUGGUGUGAAACUUUUAGUAUUGUUCUUCUCUAACUCUGUGCAAGCAUAAACUAAGUGAACUUUUUUUGUUACUUUACCUGUUUAUUUCUAUUUUUGUAAAAAUUCUUUUCUGUUCUGUACUUUUGUGAUACAUGACUUUGUUAUCUGAACAAAACACAUUGUGGAAGACAUUGACAUGUGAUUUCAGUUUGCUUUUCUAUCUUUUAUUUUGUGCAAUUUGUAAAAUUUUCUGUCCAUGAUGCAUUCUAUGAAUGAAGUGGUCAGGAACGAGAUUAAUCUUAAAACCAAGUCGAGGAGAUUUCUGAAACAGCCGUUUAUUUGCAAGAAUUCCCAAAUGCCAAUACUCCAUUGACAGUCAUUUAAGAUGUCCAGCACAAUAAUGAAGACGUUUGGAGGGGAAACCUCAUGUUGUGCAUAAACUUCAUUGUUUUGAAUUAUCAUUUUUGUACUAAGAUACCAAGAAUGCACCAGACCUCGUGCAAUGUGUCUUAAGCAUUCCAGCAUUGAGCUUUCCUGUUUAUUCUUGACCAAAUUUUAAACCAUUAUACAAGACUUCAUUUGUCCCCUUUUUAGUGCCAGCUUUAGUAAAAUCGUGUCAAAGGGGUGACAUUCUGAAAAGCUUCUGAGAAAUCGUUGGUUUGAAAUUUGUAUUUUGUUUUGAAGUACAUGAGAUUUUUUUUGCAAUAUCACCAUUUUUUUGACUGCUUUAUUAUUAUUACUUAGGUUAUCAAGCUACCAGAGGAAAUUGCUAUUUGGAGAGUUAAAUGUUAAUAACGUUGUAGGCAGAAUGAUUGCUGUUCUCAAAUGGUUACCAGUUCUUUCCAGAGUCUAGCCCCUGAACUUCAGGGACUUUGAGCUCUAUUCAUUUGCCAAAAAUAUGAAAGCCAUUCUGAAUAGAAGUAUUUUUUUUUGUUGCCUAUAGCCUUGCUUAUAUUUAAAUUUAAUAUACAAAGAUACUCUGUAAUUAUACAGAUACAUUUAUGAAUCUAGGAGGAUUAUAAGAGCAUGUUUGCACCAAAGAUAAGUAUUUAAUUUUGUAUUUACAUUAUUUUUGGAUUGUGAACUAAUAAAUGUUCCAUGCUUAUACAUUUUUGAAAUUUGACUUCAUGCUAUACAAGCAGUAAGCUUGAGAAAGAUAAAUUUAAAUUCAAUGGAAAAUGUAAUGGGGGAAGAGAGAACACAUCGGCAUUGGAAUAGAUGAAGAAACUUCUCUACAUAAAGUAAUUAAACUGGAAUAUUUUAGAAAUAUAAAUGUUUUCACUAACUGUAUUUGCCUCCAGUGCUCGGGUUAAGAUAUAUGAAAAUUGCACUAAAAUGGAAAUCUUAAAUUGUUGAGAUUUAUAUGAACUCCAAUUCUUCCUGAUUCGUUAUGAAAUAUAUUUUCUAGAGUGCUAACUGUACACAAUGUAUAUAAAAAUAUAAUGUAAAUUAUCACAAAUGUAUUUUUUGUUAAAUGCCAUGUAAGGAAGUUUUGUUGAAAUUAAAUAUCAGAUUUAUCUUCUCGACCCUUC